AUGCAUUCGUUAUCGAUUCGCCAGUCUCAUUCGGGUUCUAAUUCAUUUUCUGCAAAUUCAGAUGAUAUUGCAUCACAUGAAUUGAAAUCAGAUAUUUUUUUACGUGUUGCAAUGUCACUUUUACCAAUAACUGCUGUACUUAGUUAUCAAAUUGAUGCUAUAUGUCAAUUACAAUUUCGUAAUAUGUAUGCUGGUUUAGCUAGUACAAUUCUUCAUAUAUUUUAUUUUCUUCAAUUCUAUACAAAUUUGAAAUGUAAUUCAAAAACAAUUACCUAUAUUUAUACAUAUCUCUAUCAUAUUAUUAUUUGGAUUUUUAAAAUUGGUGGUAAUAUUGUUUAUUUUUUAUAUCAUCAUCGUGAAAAAAAUAUAUUUCAUCAAUGUAUAUUUGCAUUAAGAAUAAUACAAGAUACAAUAUUUAUAAGUUUUGUAUGUAUAUAUAAAAUUCGUUCAUAUGAUCCACUUAUUUGUGUUCAACAUAAAGCUUUAUUCAGUGUUAUAUCACGUCUUGAAAUAAUUUUAGCUAUACUUGUACCUAUAUUUGCUCAAGAAAAUCUUAUUAAAAGAACUGUAGCUAAUAUAAGUUUAUUUAUUUUAUAUGAUUUUUUUUCUGUUUAUUAUCAUUUAUUUACACUUCGUUUAAAAUGGGCACUUUGGUUAUUUGUUGUUUUUAUAACAAUAAGUGUUGUAAAUGAAUGGUUAUAUUUUGUUAAUCAUCAAUGGCAAUUAUGUGAUCAAAUUAGUACUGGAUUUGAAUUUCUUGCUGAAUGUUCUUGUUGUUUACUUAUACUUUGGCAAUUUAAAUUACCAAUAAUAAUAUUAUCAUCUGAUUAA